AUGGCGUCGACAAGCCCGCCGAAAGCUGCAGCGGAUUCCGUAGUUGAGACGUCCAGAGAGGAGGCUAUGGCGACAGCCGGGACAGUUGCAGAAUCCACGCCGACAGAGGCGUCACAUCCUUCGGCCUUCCUCGAGAACCUGCGAAGCAAGCGCUUCGUGGUGGGGCGACAGACCGUUUCAGAGCAGCUCUUCAGCAACAUGGAUCUCAUUGCCGCCUCCCCGAGGCCGAGGAUCGCGAGAAACGCGGCGCAUGCGGAAGUGUCGGAGGACUUUGGCCAACCGCAGCUGCCAUGUGGCAGCGGCCGACGCGGAGGCAGCAGCCAUCCUCAGGCAGUCGUGACGGACCGAUCCCCCUACGCGUCAUCGCCGAAGCGUGCUGCAUUUUUCGCCGAUGAACUCAGUGUUGCUACGCCGGGCGCUUCCACCGCUACGCCGGUCACGCUGGGCAGCAUGCGGUCCACGCCUGAAAGCAGGACGCUUCGUGGCAACGCAGAUGUCUCCCGAACUGCUUCCUUCGGCGUUGGUGCUGCUACCUUCGGCUCACCAUCAUCCCGGCUAGCUUUAGCGGAGUUGGAGCUUCUGGUGGCCGAGGUGGAGGGCGAGGUGCAGGGGCUCGAGACUUCCUGCUCAAGACCCCUGAUGGGGAACUCUCCUGGGCGCCCUUGCUUUGGCUUCGGCUGCAACCCGGAAGAGCUCUCCAGGCGAGCAAUGUCCUGUCGAGGGCAGCUGAAGUCUGCAGCACAGCGUGCCCGAGCCCUCGAACCGGAUGUACUUCCAUCGGAGAAGUUGCAGCUAGCCCAUCUCCGCUCUGCCCUCGCAGAAAAGCAGUUGAGGUUCGAGCGCUGGCUGUCGUCCCUGAGCUCGGGAGUUUCGGAAGCCGAGGCGCCGCUGCAAGAGCGUCCAGAACCGCCUUUGGUGCCGAAGGCACUGCAGGAAUCUUCGGGAGCGUCUGAUGCAUCGCCACCGGGAUCCCCUACCAGUCCACCGAGAUGUCCUCCAGAGGAUCGUCCACUAUCGGCAAGUGAGGAGCGCCUUGGCGUUCUCCCUGGUUUCAAAAGGCAUCUCUAUGCCGCUGCUGCGAAGAGGUUAGGGGAGGAUCCCGGAAGCAAACCGGGGCAGUCGACCAAAGAAGUCCAGUUUGCUGUCCCGAACAAGCCUGCGGAUGUCGAGACGCUCCGCACAUCGGGUUGA